GAACAAGGUAGUGCAGAUAUCAGCUACUUCCAGUACUUAUAUAGAUAGAUGGUGCUUUCAUUAACAUUAUUAUUGCAGUUGCAUUAUCUUGAUCGUCAUGUCCCACAAACUGAACACACCCAGGAAUAACCUUGUCAAUAAACAUAUAUGGUCAGAACUUUCACAACUUACUGCUGAGUAUAAAGCAGUCAACCUGGGCCAGGGGUUCCCAGACUUUCCUGUACCCAGUUUUGUUCAGGAGGCCCUCUGCAAUGCUGCCAGUGGAAGCUUUCAUGUACACCAGUACACACGCUGUUUCGGCCAUCCACCACUUGUUAAGAUUCUUGCCAAGUUUUUUGGGAGGAUUUUGAGCCAGGAAAUAGAUCCCAUGAAGGAAAUCCUUGUUACAAUGGGAGCCUAUCAGGCUGUUUUUUGUGCAGUUCAAACUCUGGUUUAUGAGGGUGAUGAAGUGAUCAUUAUGGACCCUUCAUAUCAUUGCUAUGAGCCCAUGAUAAUAAUGGCAGGAGGAAAACCAGUUCACAUUCCAUUCAAACUUAAAAAGUUCAUCAGUCCAACUGUGUCUAGAGCUGAUUGGGGGUUUUGUUCUGAAGAGCUAGCCAGUAAAUUUAACUCAAACACAAAAGCUAUUAUCAUUAACACUCCCAAUAAUCCACUGGGUAAGGUUUUUCAGAAGGAAGAGUUACAGAUGAUAGCUGACCUGUGUAUAAAGCAUGAUGUUAUUUGUAUCAGUGAUGAGGUGUAUGAGUGGCUUACGUACGAUGGAGCACAACAAUUAAAAUAGCGACCCUACCCGGCAUGUGGGAGCGCACUGUGACCAUUGGGACUGCAGGCAAGAGCUUUGGUGUCACUGGAUGGAAGGUCUGUACAAUAUUUCAGGUAGGCUGGGCAAUUGGGCCAGGACACAUCUUGAAUCACCUGCAAAAAAUUCAUCAGAACUCUAUACACCACUGUCCUACUCUUACUCAGGAGACUGCAGCUCCACGCCAAAAGGCUUAGGCUAACUGAGUGUUUGAGGAGCAUUGGACUGCAACCAUUUGCACCCGAUGGUGGCUACUACAUCAUCACAGACAUCUCCACCCUGAAGGUGGAUCUGAAUGACCCAAGUACUAAGGACGAACCUUAUGACUACAGAUUUGUUAAAUGGCUUAUCAAAGAGAAGGGUUUGAGCACUAUCCCUGUAUCUGCGUUUUGCAGCCCAAAACACAAAGCAGACUUUCAGAACUAUAUUAGAAUCUGCUUUGUAAAGGAUGAAUCAACCCUGAAAGUGACUGAAGAUAUUCUGAGAAAAAGGGAGGAUGAAAAAAUACAGGAUACUGAAUCUGUCUGAGACGAACUUUACAAAGUUCAUAAUGCAGUCUACAGUUGUAAAGAUGAAGAAUCUUGUUAUUGAAACCAAAUACAAAAAAAAGGUUGUUUCAAAUCAUGAUAAGCAUAUGCUAAUAAAUCAAUAAAGCACUUAAACAAUUUUAGGUGGAUAACUAUGGUUCAGAGAUGUUGGGUAAAAGCAGAGAUGGCAAACAUACACACAUCCUUUACUCUAGUACAGGGGUCUCUAAACUUUUCAGCCUGAGGGCCACAUUAACUAUCAAACAGCAGUUCGGGGGCCGACUACACACUCGAGGUCCAAAUAAAAAAGAAUCAAAACAUGGAUGUCGUUUUUAAUUAUUUAUGUGAUAUUAUUUUAUUCAGUUAUUAUUUAAUAACACAUUGAUACACUACACAUGAACACCUGUAUUAGUGGGAAUGGUGAAAUUGUUUCCUGGAUGCCAGAAUAGCAGACAUUUCUGGCUUUAGAUUUGAUGUCCCUAACAUCAACAGUGACCUGAGAUUAUCAUCGGAGAAGUUUGUUCUCAAAUUGUUCUUCACAUUUUUCAUUCUUGUGAAAUGAUGA